AUGGGGAUGUCGGGGGUGGAUUGUGAUACGGGAAUCCGGGCUGAUGUAAGGGUUGCCGCGCUGCCCAAGAUCAACUGCUAUAAUCUACUUCACCUCAACUUGAAGCAACACCACAUCAGCAAACAAACAAUCUACGAUUGCGAGAUACUCGGAUACCUGUCUACCUGGACCACAUUUCUACAACUUCAAGAAUCAGAUACUGUCAACAACCACAUCAACGACACCAUCACCCCUAUCAAACCACAAAUCAGAACCAUGACCUCCACCAUGCCUCUCCCCACCUCGCAAACCCAGCUCCCCCGCAACGACUCCUUCUCCACCGACGACAUCACCAAAGCCUUCAAAGCCUCCGACACCAAAGCGCGCAACCACCUCUCGCUCAAGAUCGUCAAGCAGGACGAGACGACUGUGCCGCCACCUUCGCCGCACGAAUCGAGACCGGCGUCUGCAUAUGGGCAUCGGGAGGUGCGGAGAUGA